UUAGCUGGCCAAGUGAGACCUCCAUACAUUUCAGUUUGUAAGGAUAAUGUUGCAAAUUCUUCCUUUUCAUUUCCAAGCACACUAAUAGACUCCUCCUCAGGCAAAACACCAGCCCGUUUUCAUCCCACAAAUUCCAACAUCUCACCUUGGACCCAGGAAGGGAGAUCCAAUGAGAGAUCGGCAGAAGGAGACCUGCCAGAGCCUGAGAGUUUUCCCGUCAUCUCUUCUGUGUUUUCAUUAAGUCAACAACCAGGGGACAUCCAAGGCUCCUUUCAACCGCUGGUAAUGGCUCUACGUGGUAUAGUGAUGGGUAAAAGCAAAAGUUCUGUUUGUACAACUCUCAAUAACAUCAAGACAACAAACAGCACAGAGCAGGUGCAGGAGGCAGGAACAUCAGAACUCUUCACUCAGAUGGCGACAAUAGAUGGAUCCAUCAUCCGUCACCUUUUGUUAACUGACCAGAAACCUGACACUGUAAAAGUGGAGGGGCAUGAUAAAAGCAUUCAGUACCCUCCUGCACUGACCCAAAACAACUUUCUUGUCAAAGAGGAAAAAAAUAGCACUACGCUAACGGACCAAGGUAAAUGCAGUCAAACUUUGGCGUCAAAAUCUUGUGUAAAAGAGGAGGAAUCCAAAGUUGACGCACAUGUAAAUGCACAUCCCACUGCAAAGCCUCUACAGGGAGUGGCACAAAGCGAGCAUGACAUGUCAAAGUUUCUGACUGUCUCUCUGAAAAGGGUGCAAGUAGGCGUGUGGAAAAAAAACAAGAAGGGACUGAAACUUAGAAUAUCCAAAGAUAGGACUAAGGUACCUGUGUCCAGUCUGACUGACAGUACAGUUGUUUAUCUGAUGCCGCUGAAGGUGGACCAACUGGUGAACCGGCCGGGCCCCAACCAGCCCGUUGUGGUGCUCAAUCACCCCAGGCCCCGAACCAAGUUUCAGGGACCGAGGACAGACAGGUUGGCACUCACAGGAGCCUCGGAGGGGGCUCCAAAGUGUAACAUUUUAAAAAUGAGGCUGAGCAAAGGGAUCGGGCAGAAGUAUGAGGUAAAGGGGUGCACUGUUGGAGUUUUUCAGUGACUUUAUCGGAUAAUAUCAGUGGACAUUUAUCUGAAAAAAAUAGUAUUACAAUAGGGAUACUUUGACUUAAAAAAGGACACAACAUAAGGACAUUUUUUUCCUCUAUGGCACCAUUAGAUUAGAAGGAAUGGACUUCUGAUUAUCAUGGAAUAUUGUGUGUGUUACAUGUAUGUUGUUAAUAUAGGCAUGGGAUCAAAAAUACUGAAGUGCAAUGGACCAUCUUCAAUAGUAGAUUGUGGAAACCACAUUGAAACCCAGUUAAGAUCAGUUAGUCGAGGCAUAAAUAUUGCAUGCUGUUUGCUUAAAAAAAAGGAACAUAAAUCUAAUUGUUUUUGUCUUUGCAUCACUUAUGUUUUUCAUCUGGCAACUCGAAGACACAAACUGAAUUUGGUGUCCCUGAGAUUAUCAAAUUGUAUGGGAACCCACUCAGAAUAUAGGCAAGAUCAUUAUAAGGAUAUCGGUCAUGCAUGAAAAUUUUAAUGAUGGACAAAUCAGUGGUGAAUAUUAGGUAGGGCUGCAACUAAUCAGUAUUUUCAAUGUUGGUAAAUCAUCAAAUAUUUUCUUGAUUAAUAAUUUGUUUGCUCGACUGAAUGUCAGAAAAAUUGGGGAAAAUUUGUUGCUCAGUGUUUACCAAAGCUCAAGAUGACCCCCUCAAAUGUCUUGUUUUUAAUCACUAUCGGUCCAUAGUGUAGUGGUGCAUUCAGGCUCUCUUUGCAAACUCUUACAUUUAGGAAAUCCUGCAUGACCAUGUGGUGUUUACCAGACCAACAUUCAGUGGUUUCUUCAUCAAAUGGAUUGGGCCAAUGGCAUGAAACUGCAAGGUGUAAAUAUUGGUAGUUGGGUUUGUUCUCAGUUUGGAUGUGUUGUGAACCACAAGGUGUCUCAAAAAAAUUGAGGUUUUCUUUCAGGUGUUGUGUAAAGGGAAAUGUCACAGUUUUAUAUUUGCCCCAGUUUCUCACCAGUAUCUACCACUUUGCAGGCUGUUCUCAGUGAUAAACUCUAAUGUUUUCUACUUUUCCAGUUGAAGAAGGGUGCCUGAAUGCACCAUUAGUUCUGGUUUCAGUGAAGCCAGAGCUAAAAGUAGAAAUGUUGACU